AUGGAGAUUUCAUUUGAAAAGCCAAUGUAAAUACCUUAAAACAUAUCAAUGAUAAAAGCAGAUUAAGCAUUAACUUUCACUCUAUAAAAAGGUGAUCCACUAGACUCAAAUAGUGAAUUACCGAAGAUUUAGGACUGGAAUGUUAUCUCAUUCGCAAGUAACAAGUUGAUACUUUCACUUAUCUAUUCUGACUCUCUAUUGCUGUCUUAAUCCAAAGUAAAAAUUUGUACUUAAAAUGGAUAUAGAAUUAUGAUUCAAUCGUGGUAAAAUUUGCUUAGCCAUAGUACUUUAUCAGUUAUGAUUAAAUGGGAAAAAUUGAUUCAAAAAAAGUAUUAGUCAAGAAAAUACCUCCUUAACUCAGCAGUAAAAGUUAGAAAAUUAAGUUAUUUUAUUAGCCAUUUAGGUAUAACUUUGCUAAUGGAAGAAAGUGGUGAUUUAGCAAAUACAUUGAUUGUGGGCUCAAUAGGAUUAAAUUUCUUUUUAUAAAUGUUCCUGGGAAUGUCAAUGAAAAAGUUAUGGAGGCUUAUCAGUACCCUCUAAAUAUUGGUUCAUCUUCCAAUGUUGUCAAUUCCUCUCCCAUCUAAUGUAGUAAUGGUUUAUACUUCACUUGUUGAUACGUCCACUCUCUAACUCAUACCAAAUGCAAAAAUCAAAUAAUACUUAGGUGGGUUGAUGACAUCAGGAACUAACUAAGUAAAAUCCUAGUUCUAGCAAAUGGAUAUCUUUUAAAACAAUUUUAAAAAGCGAUUAUUUUAUGCACCUCUUUUAAGACCCAUUAUUAAGGGUUAUCUAAAAUUCCAAAUUUCUGCUUUUAUUACAAUCAGUGUAAUGCAUAAAACAUUUUUACUAAAUUAGUUAUUUGAUGGCACUUAAUAAAUCACAGAAUUUCUAGCAGCUAUUUUAAGGGUAGUUUUCCUAUGCACUUGCACUUUAAUUAUCUUGUUUUUUCUCAAAUUCAAGUUAAAGAAAUUGAAAUAAAAACAGAUCAAGGAUAAAUAUGGAUCACUCUACUAAGAUCUUAAGACUACAAGAGUUAUAUAUAUGAUGAAUAUUGUAUUGUAUCUUUACAGGUUGGCUAAUUGUGGCUAUUAGUAUUGGAAAUCUCAUAGUAAAUUAUGUUUCCUUACUUAUUACAAUGUCAAAAAACUUGUAUCAAAUUUUAGCUAAACUAAUUAAAAAGCUUAAGGAUAAAUGUAAAAGAAAACCUAUAAUUCAUGGUGA